AUGAGUCUAUCGCCCCUGCCUCAGCAAUCUCCCCUCGCGGCAUCGCCUUCUUCAAGCCCUGGAAAAAGGACGAUUCACGAAAUUGAGGAUCCUGGCCUGUCAUCAUCGGAGCAGAAGCGGCCUUUCAUUACUUGCGGCACCGAAAACCAAGAAAAUCAGGACCCUGCCCUCAUAGUUCCCUCCAAGGGGAUCACCAAACCGCAAGAGCAACCCUUCACCCUACCUCCCGUCCCGACUGUCGAAAUUACUGUGAGGAGUGAGGAUUUAGUUAUAAUGUCUGGAUCCAAAGCAACGACCCCUAGCUGUAUCUCUUCUGUGGAAGCCAAGCCCGUUCAACAGCCAUUUUCAUUCUCACCAGCGAAAUCCGAUUCAGCGUCCACGCCAGCUGCGAAGAAGCGGAAGCUGUCUCCUGCCAGCCAGGACGCGAAACAGCAAGAAAAGGAAGCUCGCGAACGCCAAAGGCUGGAAGAAAAGGCCAAAAAGGAGGAAGAGAAGCGCUUAAAGGCAGAGGAAAAGAAGAAGCGGGAUGAGGAGCGAGAAGAAGAGAAGCGGCUAAAGGAGGAAGAGAAAAAGAAGCGCGAGGCAGAGCGUGAAGAAAAGAAGAAAGCUAAAGACGAGGAAAAAGCCGCUAAAGAGGCUGCGAAGGAAGAAGAGAAAAAGCGUAAGGAGGAAGAGAAGUUGAAGAAGGAGAGGGCUCAACCCAAGUUGAACUCUUUCUUUGCGAAACCGCCAUUACCUUCCACAACUACCAAAUCUACACCUGGAAACUCUACCUCUCCUAAGAAGCCAGCACCUGCCACCUCAGAACUUCACCUCACACAUUCUCCAAAGUCAACCAAGUCCGACUACGAGAAGACCUUCCCCGAAUUUUUCCUCCAGUCACACACCAGGCUUGCACCUUGUCAUCGAUUCGAUCGCGAUCCCGAGGCGCUCAAACACGUUCGCCAAAAAUUAGAUUCUUCUUUGGAUGCCAGCCAUACGAAUUCUCACGAACACCUACCUUUCCGCCCAUCAGAAAUCUUCCAUAUCAUUCCGUUCCAUCGACGCUGUGGCCGACCUAGGCAGUCUGUGAAAGAGAUUUUGUUGAGGAUCCAGAACGUCAGUGACGACUCCUUAAUGGAUCUUGACGGUAAAGACCAGACCAAGGCUGCGGAGGAUGCCCGCGACAUCCUCCGCCAGAUCCCUAUGAAGACCCUCCGGUUCGGUGAGGACGUGCGCCCUCCAUAUCAGGGCACGUUCUCACGCUCCGUGCCUGCGGCAUCGGCGAAGAAGCUUGCACGGAACCCUUACUACCGAGGCUUGCCGGACAUUAAUUAUGAUUAUGAUUCCGAGGCCGAGUGGGAGGAGCCUGAGGAGGGUGAGGAUCUAGACUCGGAGGAAGAUGAAGAGGGCAGCGAGGAUGGCGAGGAUGACAUGGACGGGUUCCUCGAUGACGAGGACGAUGCUCUGCUCGCCGGCAAACGACGCCUCAUCGUGGGUGAUCUCGAACCUGUCUCCAGCGGUCUUCGCUGGGCUGCGGAUGGCGUGGAUCCCGAGAUGAAGGCAUACCAAGUCGAGACCAUCUCCGAUGUCGUCAAGUUCCCCAUCGAUCCGUUUUCAACGGCCUACUGGGAGAAGCCAAAGCCUGUGGAGCCAGCGCCCCCUCAGCCACGCAUCGCGCCUGCUGGCAACAGCACUCUGGAUGUUUUCCGGGUUUCUACUACACCGGGCGCGCCCGCAGUCGGCAGUGCUCGACCACCCGCAACGACCAAGGCCAAGCGACAGUUCCCACCGGACCAACUCGAUGAGUUCAAACAGGCAGUCGAGGCUAGUGAUCUGAAUAAGAUCGGGACCGUCGAGAUUCUAAAGAAAAGGUUCCCGAAGGUCACCAAGGAAACCAUCAAGGCUACCCUGGACCAGUACGCUGUACGUGUGGGCCAGAAAGAGACGGAUAAGAAAUGGGUCUGGCGCUAA